AUGGCGAGCACUGAAUCAAAAAUCCUGGUGAAGGAUUGGUUAGAACUUUAUCCGGAACCACUGGCAACGGCAUCUCGCUUGUCUGCAGCUGAAGUCUUAAAAUUGUUAUCCGCUGGAAAAUCUGCAACAAUUCUUGAUUUGCGAAAUGACCGUACCCCAGGAUUCAUUCGUAAUUCAGUUCACGUUCCUGCUACUUCUAUUUUUGGGAAUACGAACAUAAAGGGACAGGUAGUGGACAAGAUGUAUGAGUUUAAUCCAAGUUUGAAUUACAUAAUUGUUCAUUGUAAUAGUUCAAAGAAUAGAGCCACCAAAGUCGCAGGUUGGAUCCAAGACUAUAUUAAUGACCAGAAGCCUGAAAAUUUGAAGGUUGCAGUAUUAAACGAAGGAAUUACAGGGUGGUUAGAAAAGCCUGAACCCUAUGCAUCUUUUGUAGAAAAGUGCCUGUAA